AUGUCCGUUUCCAUGACAAUGAAUGGCGCUGUUCUACCAAUUUUGGCUAUGUAUAUUGUUACGGGAUUGGAACAAGGCACGCAAUUAAAAGAAUUAUCUGGAACUAUACAAAAUGAUAUUCUUAAAGAAUUCAUGGUUCGUAAUACAUUCAUUUAUCCACCUGAACCUUCUAUGAGAAUUAUUGGAGAUAUUUUCUCUUUUGUUUCAAAGAACAUGCCAAAAUACAAUUCAAUUUCAAUUUCUGGAUAUCAUAUGCAAGAAGCUGGUGCUGAUAAUGUUUUAGAAUUAGCUUUUACAGUGGCUGAUGGUUUAGAGUACGUCAGGACAGGCAUCAAGGCAGGCAUGUCAGUUGAUGAUUUUGCACCUCGAUUAUCGUUCUUUUGGGGUAUCGCAAAAUUGAGGGCAGCUCGCCGAUUGUGGGCUCAUUAUAUUAAAGAUAGAUUUCAACCAAAAAAUGAAAAAAGCAUGAUGUUACGCGCUCAUUGUCAAACAUCUGGUUGGUCACUCACAGAGCAAGAUCCAUAUAAUAAUAUUAUAAGAACAACAAUUGAAGCCAUGGCUGCCACAUUAGGAGGAACUCAAUCACUACAUACAAAUUCAUUUGAUGAGGCUGUAGGUCUUCCUACAGAAUUUUCAGCACGUAUUGCACGUAAUACACAAAUUAUUCUCCAGGAAGAAGCAUUUAUUCCCAAAGUGGCAGAUCCAUGGGGAGGUAGUUAUUUUAUGGAAAACUUAACAAAUAAACUUUAUUCUAAAGCAAAGGAACUCGUUGAAGAAACUGAACAGAUGGGAGGAAUGGCGGUAGCUGUAGCAAGUGGAAUGCCAAAAUUAAAAAUUGAAGAAAGUGCUGCUCGAAGACAAGCAAGAAUAGAUUCCAAUCAAGAAACAAUUGUUGGUGUAAAUAAAUACCGACUUGAAAAAGAAACUCCGAUUGAUGUUCGCACAAUUGAUAACACAAAGGUUCGAGAAAGCCAAGUUGAGAAUAUAAAACGUCUCAAAGCUUCACGAGAUCCUGUCAAGGCUUCUAAGGCACGUUGUACAGUUGGUGAAAUUUCAUAUGCCCUUGAAAAAGUUUGGGGACGUCACGAACCAUUUAGUCGCGAAACACGAACAAAGUUAGGAGUAAAUCCAAGAAUUUUGGUAGCAAAAUGUGGUCAAGAUGGUCAUGACCGAGGUGCAAAAGUUAUUGCAUCAGCAUUCAGUGAUUUUGGAUUUGAUGUAGAUUUGUCUCCAUUAUUUAGUACACCUGAGGAAGUUGUACGUCAAGCUAUUGAUAAUGAUGUUCACGUAAUUGGUGUAUCAUCACAAGCUGCUGGACAUAAGACAUUAGUACCAGCUAUAAUAAAUGAACUUAAAAGACUUGGUGUAAAUGAUAAAAUUGUUAUAGUUGGAGGAGUUAUUCCGCAUCAAGAUUAUCAAUUUUUAUAUGAUGCUGGAGUAAGUUCUAUAUUUGGACCUGGUACUAAAAUUCCUGAAGCUGCUAGACAAGUAGCUUUAAAAAUACAAGAAAAUAUUAAAGAUGAAAAGUUAACAUUGUGA